AUGGAUUUUUUAAAUACUAAUACCGGACAAAAUAACUUCAAUAAUCCGAAUGGUGGUCAUACUGCAGUUUAUAUCGAUGACCGACCAAUGAAUAAUGUAGAAGGACGGAUGACUGUGUCUGGAUCAUUAAUGCAAAAUAUUGGUGACCCUGGAUUCAACACAUUAGAUGAACCUAUUAAAACAACUAUUAUGAGAGACUUAAAAGCUGUUGGAAUGAAAUUUAAGCAUGUCUUGUAUUUGAAAGAAAAAAAUACACUUCUUAAAGAAUGGGACUUGUGGGGCCCAUUGAUGCUUUGCACAUUUAUGGCCAUGGUUUUACAAGCAUCGCCAGAUUCUAUACAAAUUGGUGAUGGAGGUCCUGAAUUUGCUGAGGUUUUUGUUAUUAUUUGGAUAGGGUCUGUGAUUAUUACAUUAAAUUCAAAAUUACUUGGCGGCACAAUAUCAUUUUUCCAGAGUGUAUGUGUUUUAGGUUACUGUUUACUACCAAUAGUUAUAGCCUUAAUAGUAUGCAGAUUUAUUUUAAUAUUUGAGCAAACAAAUUUCUUAUUUUUUAUUCGAUUUGCCAUAUCAAUUGGUUCAUUUUUGUGGUCCACGUAUGCCUCUGUUGUAUUUCUUGGAGAUAGUCAACCUCAAGGGAAAAAAGCUCUAGCUGUUUAUCCAAUAUUUUUGUUUUACUUUAUCAUGUCAUGGCUUGUAUUAUCACACACAGUGUAG